CGACACAAACGCACAAACAAAAACAAUAUCACUAAUCGUAAUGGCUGCUUGAGCUUGUAGGCGGAAUUUACCCAGUUUCACAUUUUUAAGCCCAAAAAACAGUGUUUUUUCAACAUCACACUUCCGAGAUGACUUCCGCUUUAUAUCUUGAACACUAUCUUGAUGGAUUGGAACAUCUGCCGAACGAGCUGAAGCGUAAUUUCACGCUGAUGCGAGAUUUGGAUUCCCGUGCUCAGGUUCUGAUGAAAUCCAUCGACGAGAAGGCAAACGAGUUCAUGAAGCAGCUGGUCAACUCGAAGGAAAACUUUCCGGACGAUGUGAAAAAAGAGAAGCUUCGGGCAAUUCAGGAACUGUUCAACAAGGCCAAGGAAUUCGGGGACGAUAAGGUGCAGCUAGCCAUCCAGACGUAUGAACUGGUGGACAAACACAUCCGUCGACUGGAUUCGGAUUUGGCGCGUUUCGAGGGAGAGAUCCAGGACAAGACGCUGAACGCUCGGGAGAAAUCGGAGGAAACCGUCACAAAGAAGGGCGGCCGCAAGAAGGUCAAGGAUGCGAAGAGUUCCGCCAAGAAGAAGCGGGCCCAUUCGUCGGAAGACGAGGGGCGGGCCACCGGGGCAAGUGGUGCUGGGGCUAGUGGAAGUGCCGCCGGAAAUACCAGCACAAACGGUAAAGGCAAAAACACCAAGAAGCAGAAGGUAAAUCAAGAAGAAAAGGGCCGCAAGGGCAAUAAGAAAAACGCAGAACUGGAUGAUAGUGCACAAGACGCAGGCCAUGGAACUCCUCAUCCAAGCGAUGUCUUGGAUAUGCCGGUCGAUCCGAACGAACCCACCUAUUGCUUGUGCCAUCAGGUAUCAUAUGGUGAAAUGAUUGGGUGCGACAAUCCAGACUGUCCCAUCGAGUGGUUCCAUUUCGCUUGCGUCGGUCUCACCACCAAGCCGAAAGGUAAGUGGUUUUGUCCCAAAUGUUCACAGGAUCGCAAGAAGAAAUAGAUGGUGCCCGGAAUCUUACCAUGGACGAGCGAGGCGAAAAAGUCGUUUCGGGGACAACAUUGUAUCUUCGACCACUGAGUAUUGCUUGAGACAAAAGAUCUCCCGAGGGAAAUCUUCAUUUUAUUUUAGAUGCGUGUGACUGUUUCGGACAUGAAUGUACGAGAAUAAUAUUGAUGAUGUAUUCGAAUCUUGAUAAAUAUUCACUCAAUUACGU